GCUGGGAAUAUGGCGAAACCCCGGAAACAAUGCCAUAAGUUCUUCAAAGUCUAUCUCCCUUUUUUCAAUUCUCAGCAACUGAAAAUACCACCUGCUUUCGUUAGGCAUUUGGAUGGAACUAUUCCUAAGGAUGCCAUGCUUAAAAAUCAUACUGGAAAGCACUGGCUUGUCGAUUUGGAAGAAGUUGAAGGAGGCUUGACUAUGACAAACGGGUGGCAAGGCUUUGCAAGUGAAAACUCUUUAGAAUUUGGAGACUUCCUCAUUUUCGAAUAUGAUGGGAAAUGUCUGUUUGAUGUGGAAAUAUUUGGUAGAAAUGGAUGCAACAAAGCGGCUUUAUCUUCCAACAUGACCACCACUCAUGCAGUGAAUGAAAAAGAGAUAAAGGAGGUGGACAUAUGCAAUGAGCCUACUCAAACUUGCAAGCAGAAGUAUUCAGUUAAAAACUUAGGAUAUAAACUAAGAAGAAAUAGAGGAACAAAUCUUGGGGAAGGCAAGGCACUUAACGCAGCAACAUAUGUGACACCAAAAGGCCCUUAUUUUGUCAGUAACAUCCCUCAGUCGAUGCGGUCUGCUGUAUAUGUUCCUAGAUCACUUCUGGCCUCAUAUGGAAUUAAAAUCAAGCCAGAGGUGGUGCUUCUUGAUCAAAAUGGGAAGAAAUGGCCAGUGAUGGUCAGUUCGAGGACAGACGGUCGUGUUUUUAUCCAUCAUGGAUGGGGUUCUUUCCGGCACGAGUACAAUUUGCAGAAAGGAGAUAAGUGUGUAUUUGAGUUCGUCCUUGGUAGAGGAAAUAUUAGCCAGAAACGACUUGUACAAGUUAUCAGAAGACAAGCACCAUAGACGUCAGAUUGGGAAAGCUUCAAUUACAACCCUUCCCAAUACGGAGCCCCCUCAAGUCACUAUCAUUUCCCCCUGUCUCUUUAAUCCUUUAGAUAUUAGUACUAGAUCUUGCAAAGCUGUUUGUAGGUUAGAAAAGGCACUGAAAGAUACUUCUGCUGGUACUGCUUGCUUGACAGGAAGCGUAGUUCUAUAAUUGCUGAAGGGAAGGGAAACUUGUUUUUCGUUAGGCAUACUGCUUUAAGACCAAAUUCUUUGUCGUGCCCGCCCUUACAAGCACAUGAACUCUUGGGCCCUUUCAGGACAAUUUUGUUCAGAGGAGCCUGUUCUCGAGUCAUAUGCUUUGCAAGUAUCCUUGAGUAGUCACCCUAUUUUUUCUCAAAAACACAAAUUCAAUUGAUUUUGCCCGCUGAUUAUGGCCACUGCAUCAGGUAUUGACGUAUUGUUUCCCACUAGGCAUCUUACAUAAACAGGUUGCUGGUCAAGGCCUAAUCAUGUUCAGUGUCCUAUUCCUCUGCAUCAGCCUUCAGCCGUGUGCAUCACUGCUUGUAAUGAUGACAAAUGUUUUCACAUAUUCAUUGAAGUUAAAAGCCAAAGUCA